AUGUCGUCGACACAAGUACAAGCGAGCGUCCUGCACGGCGCAAAAGACCUCCGCAUUAUCCAAGUCGCCAUCCACAGCACCGGCCUCUGCGGCAGCGACCUGCACUACUACAACCACAACCGCAACGGCGACAUCCUCGUCCGCGAGCCUUUGACCCUUGGCCAUGAAUCCUCGGGCGUCGUCACUGCAGUCGGCUCCUCAGUCUCCAAUUUCUCGCCUGGCGACAGGGUAGCAUUGGAGGUGGGCGUGCCCUGCGAUAGCUGCCAUCGCUGCACAGAAGGCAGAUACAACAUCUGCAAAGACAUGAAGUUUCGCUCGUCGGCAAAGAGUUUUCCGCAUUUCCAGGGCACGCUGCAAGAGAAGAUUAACCAUCCGGCAAAGUGGUGUCAUAAGUUGCCCGAGGGCAUGAGUAUGGAGUUGGGCGCUUUGCUAGAGCCCUUGGGUGUGGCUAUACAUGCUUACCGACGAAGUCUUAUGCAAGAAGGACAGACUUGUCUAGUGUUGGGUGCUGGAGCAGUGGGUUUACUUGCUGCUGCUGUUGCGACGGCCAAAGGAGCAAAGACGGUGGUGAUUGCAGAUAUCGAUGCUGGAAGAGUCGACUUUGCAGUCAAGAACGGGUUUGCGCAUCACGGCUUUGUGGUACCCAUGAAACGAGGAAAAGACACAGAGGAAAACCUCGCCAUUGCCAGAGAAACCGCAGAUGGAGUCGCCGCCGUCAAUGGCAUUGGCGAAGUGGACGUCGUCUUCGAAUGCACCGGUGUACCCACCUGCGUACAAUCAGCCAUCUACGUUCGUAUACCCCUUUCCCUUUCGCCCUUCUAUGUACCCACCUUACUAACCUUCCUCACCAACAGNUCCACCAAACCCGGCGGCCGCGUAAUGCUCAUCGGCAUGGGCGUCCCCAUCCAAACCCUCGCCAUCUCCUCGGCCGCCCUGCGCGAAGUCGAUCUCGUAGGCGUCUUCCGCUACGCAAACACAUACCCCGAAGGCAUUUCCCUGGCCUCUUCGCCUACCUGCCCCGAUCUCUCUAAACUCGUCACCCACACCGUCAAGGGUUUGGAAAAUGCAGAGCAGGCUUUUGGGAUGGCUGGCAAAACANNAAAAGACGACAAGGGCGAUUUGGUGCUCAAGGUUGUGAUUCAGAAUUGA